AUGAUGAUACGUAUUUUCAUUCUAUUUAAUAUCUACUAUAUUUCAUUGACAUUAUCAUCACGUUUAAAAUAUCGUGAAUCAGUAACAGAAAACGUUGAGUUAUAUCAUACAAUAACAUCCCUCGACAAAAUGAUUUCUGUGAAUUAUCAACAAUCAAUUGAAUUUUUAAAUAUAAAUUCACCUUAUACAACCUAUUUUCUUGUUGAUGGACAAAAAUUACGUACUAGUCGCUUAAUUGAUCGUGAAGAAUUUUGUCGAAUUAAAUUAUGUGAAAAUUCUCAAUGUCAUCCAUGUGAAAUUUAUAUGGAUUUUGUUUUGAAAGAAAAUGGUCAACCUCGAGAUAUAAUUUCAUUAAUAUUAACAAUCGAAGAUGUUAACGAAUAUCGACCACAAUUUUCAGAUAAUUCAAGAAACGAUCAAACUAUUCACUUGAAUAUUAGUGAAGGCGUGCCUGUUGGACAUAUUUUACCCAUUCCAAGCGCAACAGACAAAGAUGGUGAAGAUGAUGAACUGGUUUAUUGGAUUGAUAAAAAUAAAAAGAUUCCAUUUGAACUUGUUUCAUUUGGUUCGAAUCAAAUUGCUUUGAACGUUACGGGACCGUUAGAUCGUGAACUAGAAGAUUUUUAUGAACUUCAGUUAACAGCUAGCGAUCGAGAAAAUCUUACGACAACAAUAUCUGUUCAUAUCUCUAUAAGUGAUAUAAAUGAUAAUGUUCCCAUAUUUGAUCAAGUAAAUCCAUAUAUAAUCAAUAUUUCUGAAAAUACUCAACCAUCCUUGACGAAAUCUCUUCUUCGUAUUCAUGCAUUUGAUAAUGAUUCGAAUGACAAUAGUCGUAUAACAUACAAUUUUAGUUCACAAGUUAGCGAAUUAAUUCGUCAAACAUUUCAAUUAAAUAGUCAAACAGGAGAAUUAUUUCUUCUUCAAGCGCUUGAUUAUGAACAAUAUAAAGAAUAUCGUAUGCCAAUAAAAGCACAAGAUUCAGGUCCCGUAUCAGUACCUGUUUACACAUUGGUUAUUAUCAAUAUUGAAGAUGAAAAUGAUAAUAAGCCAGUAACAAAUAUUCGUACAUCAGAAUAUUUUCAAUUUAACAAUAAUACAUUAUAUAUCAGUGAAGAAACACCUAUAAAUACGCUAUUAAUGCACGUAAUCGUACAAGAUUUAGAUUCAAAUUUAAAUGGUAAAGUUCAAUGUUGGAUUGAAUCAUCAGAUUAUUUAAAAUUAAAUAUAACAAAUGCGUUAAAUAAUAUGUUUUCGAUUUAUACAUCACAAUUAUUUGAUCGUGAACAACAAUCAACUUACAGUUUUCAUUUAAUAAUUGAAGAUUUCGGUUUGAAAAUUCGUCAUAGAGUAAAACAUGAUCUUCGAUUAGUUAUAAAUGAUAUAAAUGAUAAUCCACCAAUAUUUAUUCAAUCAUAUUAUAAUUUAACAAUUGAAGAAGAACAAGACUAUGAACAAGCAUUGAUAAGAUUUGAAGCUAACGACAAAGAUUUAAAUGAGAGUAGCCAAAUCACGUAUGAAUUAAUGUCGAAUGAAUAUAAAUAUUUAUUUUAUUUAAAUGAAGACACAGGUGAAUUAUUUUUACGCGAAAAACUUGAUCGAGAAAUAAAAUCUCAUUAUGAUUUAAUUGUACGAGCACAUGAUCAUGGAAAAUAUCCAUCACAAUUACAUACCGAUGUAAUUUGUUAUAUAAAAAUUUUAGAUAAAAAUGAAUAUAAACCAGAAUUUGAAAAAGAAAUGUAUUUAUUUCAUGGCAUUAGUGAAACAAUAUCAAUUAAUACGUCAAUUGGUUUUGUUAAAGCAAUUGAUCGUGAUAAAAAUUUAAUUAUCUAUUCAAUAUCAUCGUCAAAUUUCAAAAUUGAUUCAUUGACAGGUGAAAUAUUUGUUAAUAAACAACUUGAUUAUGAUGCAAAUGAUUCGUGUGAAAAUUUAUUUGUAACAGCGAAAAAUCAAGAUGGAUUAAAUUCUAGUUGUCCUGUUGAAAUAUGUCUUCAACCAAUAAAUGAAUAUCCACCAGAAUUACAUAUUGAAUCUCGUUUAAUUUAUGUUAAUAUUGAUAAUACUAGUUUCAUACAUAUGCAUGCAUUUGAUCGUGAUCGUUCACCAUUAAGUUUUCUUUCGUUUCGACUGGAAAAAUCAUCGAAAUGUAAUUUAACAUGUUCAUCGAAUGGAACUAUCUAUAUGGAUAAAAAUGAACAUUGCAUUGGUAUUAUUGAUCUGUUCGUAUCAAUUGAUGAUAAUGAUCGAUAUCCAUCAUCGAAAACAACUAAUGAAACAAUACGUCUAGUUUUCUAUUCCAACAUAAUAUCAUUGCAACAAAUACUUUUUUCAUCAAAUUAUAAAUUUACAAUUGAAAUAAUCAUUAUCACUAUUAUAUUAAUAUUAAUUAUAUGUAUUUUUUGUCUGAUUGUAUAUGUUGUAUAUAGACAUCGUAGACAAAUAUCAUUAAGUAAAUCAACACAAUUGAAUAAUAUUAAAGAUCAAAUUGGUUUUACAGAGAAUCAUGGUUUACUGAAUGAUGGUCCUGUAGAUGUGACUAAUAUUAAAUUAAAACCAAAUACAAAUAGUGAUACAAGUUCGUCAUUCAAUGAUUCAUGUUAUGGUUCAUCAGAAACCGAUGUAUAUCAUCAUUUAUCGGGAAAUAAAUUGGCCGGAAAGAUUCUUAUAUCAUCUAACGAUAAAUAUAUUAUUCUAUGCAAAGAUCAAAAUAAUAUAAAUCAUGAUGAGACAAAUUCAUCAUCAUCUUCAUCAUCACCAAAUGGUAAUAAUAAUUCUAAUCUUAUAACAAGAUAUCAAUCAAACAAUCGUACAGGAAUCGUACAAGCUUAUCAUACACAAAUAAAAUCUCCAAAUCAAAAUUUAGAAUUUUUUCAAAAUAAUAAUGAAUUAAAGAAAGUGACUGGUUCAACAGCAACAACAACAACAACAACAACAUUUAAUUAUCGAAAUAAUACUCCAUUGAAUGAAUAUUACCUUUAA